UUCUUUUCAAUGACGACAAGCCUGAGUUCACACGGUUAUUGACUCCUCGCUGGCGAGAGGGCCCAAAAUAACUUUUCCCAAAAUAGGGGAGGAUUAUUGAACUGCCUUUUAACUUUCGCUGCCGAAUUUGAUGGCCUUUUGAUCCUCUUCGAUGUCUAAGUACGUGGAUUUGUGGUUAUGUUCGUUCGAUGGAUGGUUUUUGUACUUCUCCUUUUGCCUUUAGCAUCGAGCGCGGCGGCUCCGCCAAAAAUUAAACAGAAAAAGUCUACGAUGCUGUCAUUUGAUUUACGUCGAAAGACCAAACAUCACAGGCAUAGAAACACUACUGCUGUUGCUACAACACCUGCGCCUACAUCAGAAAGCGGUCAAGAAGAAAUUGAAUUCACUCUUCGCAGUACCUCGUAUGCUUAUGUUAUUGAGUUGGAUCUAGGCACUCCCCCACAACGGCUGGAGUUUUUGAUUGAUACUGGGUCUUCCAACAUGGCUAUCGCAGGCCCAGAAUGUCAAGAUGAAAUGGAUCAUAAGUGCCAGAUAGAGACCUUUUAUCAUCCAGAGAAGUCCAAUACAUCGAUAGAUCAACAUAUUCCAAUCGAAACAGAGUACGGGAAAGGGGCGUGGUCAGGGGAUAUUUAUCGCGAUGUUGUUGCCUUCCCAGGCGAAGGUCCGAGGACGACAGCUGAAUUUGCAGUCAUAAGGCACGAAAAAGACUUCUUCCUUAGAAAUUCUAUAAAUGAGGGGAUUCUUGGCCUGGCGUAUAAAACUCUGGCGACUGAUGAUGUACAGCCAUUGUACGAUCAGCUCGUCCAGGAUAACAAAGUUCCAAACGUGUUUACUCUUGGGCUGUGUAAUGGAAUGGGUAAAAUCUGGCUGGACGCUCCAGAACCGUCGGCGUAUCGCGGGCCCAUUCACUACACUAACAUCAACCAGGAGACGUGGUACAGCGUUUCCAUGACAGGCAUUGAUGUUGCUGGCAAUAGUCUUGGCCUUUUACCCCCUAGUUUCUCAGCCGCCAUUGUUGACAGUGGCACAACGGAUAUUUUAUUACAACCUGAGAUUUAUGCGGCUGUUAUAGCACAACUGAAGGAGCGUGGUCCUCCGGUCGACGAACGCUUCUGGAAGAGUUACUGUGUUGACACAGACCCCUAUCAAUGGCCUUACAUUACUAUUUACCUGAAAGACAUGAUUGGAGGCUCAUUCGGACUGACUGUCCUUGGAAAGCACUACGUUAGGAAACAGGAUGAGUUUCACUGCCUCAGUAUUGGCGCCAAACCUACGGGUGCUGUGUUGGGUGAGGUUGUCAUGGAAGGAAACGUAGUAGUAUUUGAUCGAGCCAAUCAAAGGAUUGGAUUUGCACCAAGUAACAUGUCUCAUUCCGACGCUGGACAAUGUGGGAAUCCAAUUCGUGUCAACAAUACUAUCAAAGGGCGUCUUCAUAAAUAUUGCCGUGCUGCUAACAUGCCCCAGGAGACGUGCUUCAUGGGCUGUAAACCUUGUAUCAAAUAUGGUGGCGUCUGGUGCCCUAAGGGCCACGUGGUUGUCUGGAUUAAUGGAGUCAGAUCUGUUCUCAGCACCAAAAGGGGCUUCUGCUGGCCAGGAGGCCUUUUCACCUUAGAUGAUACGAAAGUUCAAACCUUCCUCACGGGACAUGGCAGCGCCGAAUUUCAGGCGUAUUGCGAAUCGUUUGUUCCGAUGUAUAAACAAUGUUCAGUGGAGGGUAUCUGGGUCUUGCUUAUGAGUGGCGCGGUGUUUUUCAUUCUUUGUUCACUGUUCUUGUUCGUAAGCUGUCGAGGAAGCGUUAGAGCUAAUGACAAUUCUCCGACGCAUCACAAAGAAAGAUUGCUAUCCAACAGAUAACAUCAACGCCCACCAUUCACUACAACGAAUGCAGACAUGUCUAUCGGAAUGGACCUAUGGAGAUAGCAGAGAAGUUCAGCGGGAUCUUGUAAACAUAGCGGUCAAACGUCUACGCAUGUGCAAAACUUUUGAUGAUUUAGUGGUGUGCUUUCAAGUUGUCAGAGCCAAGUUGUCCCACACGAGUUACACGGAGUUUCAAAUGCGUAGAUUUUUUUUGAUAAAGCUCCAAUUAACUUAACAGGACACCCGUAUUUGAAUAACCUUUUUUUUUGUAACAGUCUGGAAUCUACGGAUUUCUAUGAACGUUUUAAUUUUAUUUCGCUUGUUUUGCGAGAAAGCAGUUAUUUCUUAUGUUGAUCUUAGAGGUUUUGCAUAGGUAAUUGCCGGCCAGAAUUGAUCCUCUCACGCAUGGCCAACGUUUGACCGCUGUGGUGAUGAUCCGAAAAGCGCGAUCACGAUUUACCUAACAACUCCGCUGAACAAGAACUGCAGGUUCACUUCGAAUAAUGAAAUUUUUGAUGAAAAUAAUGUCUUGAAGACGUUUUUUCAAGCCGUAAGCUUUUUAACAAAUUUGUUGAUACUAUUAUCCAAAUGUUACAAUAAGAACAAACCUUACUCGUAUAAGGAUUUCUUGAGGAUGUUUUGGUUAAAAAAAUCUAUCAGGUAAUCGAUUUUCUUUGAUAUUUAGCAGAGUAGUUUCAAAUUUACCCAUUUUGUAUCAGUGACGCUAACGCCUGCAAUGGGGAGCACUUUUAUAUUUUCUAGUCAAGCAUACGUAGACUCUUCGCGAAAGUCGUUUCUUUCCAAGUCCUAUGUUAUUUUCAAUGGAAGAUAACUAGUUAUUUUUUUUUUCAAAUUCAAAAGUUUAAUACUUUUUGGGUAACUUUGUUUUCUAAAUAUCCAGUAUUCUUGUACAUAAUUUUACUUUUAUUAUUGCUGUUUUUUUAAUGAGCUUAUUUACCCAACAACUUGAAAUCAAAUUUUCUUGAUUGACAACCAAAUACAAUUGAUUUGUCAGA